GAUACGUUCAAACUAUAAAAUGGCAAAGUGCAUCGGUCGCUCCGUUUGCGUUUUCUCUAUGGGAGUGUCGGGUGGGCAGUGACAGGACAAACCUUUAGUGAUUAUGUCGAUAGUGAUAACAAGUGAACCGGGGCCGGGACACUGACGGCGGGAACAUGAACGCUCGGACCAUCGCGUUCGAACUGUCGAUGGAGGGGAGGCAGGUGGACGAGGUCGUCGCCAGCAUCUUCCACACGGUGCUGUUCCACCGCUCCAGCGGCAAGUUCACUUACAACAGCGAGGAGAGCUACUCGAUCCGGACUGUCAGUUAUAUCGAUGUGGACUGCGAUUUUAUCGACUUCACGUACGUGUGUUGCGAGUCUGAGUUGCUCGGGCGGAACGUGAAGCGCGAGAUCGCGGACUUCUCCGAGCUGCUGCGGACUGUGGACGGCACGUCGGCGCCCCCGCGCGGCUCCAUCAGCCUCGAGUUCUUCCAGAAGCGUCGGGCGCGCUGGCCCUUCCAGCCAGAGUGCGUGCCGUGGGAGGUCUGGACGGUGUUCUGCGAGAUAGCGGAAGCACGCAACGAGCACGACAUGCACGCCAAGCACGAGAACGUCGUCGAGAUGCUGCAGGACAAGAUCAUGUACAUCACCGAGAUCAUCAAUCGUCACCAGUACGUACCCAAGAUGCCGAGCCGGUCGGACGCGGAUCUUAUAUUCGAUACGUCGUACCCGGACAUCCAGCCGUAUCUAUUCAAGAUACAUUACAAUUUGUCGGGAGCUCCGCAGACCACCGUCGGUAAUACGGUCCGUAAGAUAUUGCGGGAAACUCUGUCGUUGUGAUUUCAAAACUAUAACCCAUCUCUAAUUUAAACAAUGAUGAUAUGAUGAUGUUUUAACACCAAUAGCAUACUUUGGUACACUUUAACAAUUAAAGAUGUUACGUACUUUUUAAAAAUAUUCAUUCACUGUUCAAUGCUGAAUUCUAUUAAUCUGAAACUUAAUUUGAAACACCGAAUUUAAAAAGGUAUGUAAAUUGCUACAAAAAUUAGAGAUACUUUUUUGUACGCUAGCUUUAUUGUACUUAGAGCGCUAAUUAUAUUUCUUAAUUAUUUUUUUUGUCAAUUUUGAUAUUAUCCGCUGACUGUUAUUUUCUAUUGUAUUUGCGUUUUAUUAUUUGGACGCGCGAAUGACAUAAAUUUAAAUAUGAUUAAUAAUUUUUUUAUUCUGUGUUUUGUUUAGUGUUUAAUUAUAUUUUAAUAUCAGAGUAAGUCCUCUGAUGGCUGGUUAAUGAGUCCAUUCAUUGUAACGAGUUGAGACUACGGUCUUAUUUAGUUUUAUGUCUUUAUUUUAUUAGGAACUAGACUAGCUAGAGUAAUUUCGAUUGUCAAUGUUCUACAAUGCAAUUUGAUUUUUAAUAUGUUUGUAUUAAUGUCGGUAGUAAUUAGAGUGGAUUUUAUUUUUGUCAAUGAGGAAUUACGUUAGCAGUACAUAUCGCAAGGGAAGCAUGAAGUCGCAUCUAGUUUUCGGAAAGAAUGAUUUAAUCUGAAUCACGUAAUAUUUUUUUUCACUUUUCCUUGGGGUCUUGAACAUACGUAAAUAUAUAAUAAAGCACCAUUUUUUCGGUUGCAAGUCAUCCAAUUUAUUUAUUUUUGCUUUUUGUAUUAACGAUUUUUAGUAGUCGCUAAACCUUUUUAUUAUUGGAAAUAGUUUUAACAAAAGAAAAAUGUAGUACAUAAAGGGAUUCAAAUUGUGAACAACAAAAGAGAAAAUGCAGUACAUAAAGGGAAUCUAAAUGUUGAGUUGUCUGUGAUUAUAGUUGAAUUUCAAUCACUAGCCUUAAUAUAGGUUAGUUGAAAAUGAUUGCUGUAACAACUGAUGCUCUGAUGAGCAGAUUACAAGUUAAAUUGUUCAAAUUAAAAAUUUCAAAGAAAUCAUGGCCAUCUGGUAUCUAAUUUUGACAUAUAAUGGAAUAUAAUGGAAAAAUUGCAACAGGUUCACAGUUUAGUUUCUGCACACGGUUGCUUGAGAUAUCUGUGUUUUUAGUUUGUUCACAAAGCAAUUUUUUCUUGAUAUUUAACUCCUAUUCACAAUGUUCAUGUUGAGAGGACGAGAGAAAUAUAUUUUUACGAUGCAGCUCUUUGAAGUGUGUUUUUUUAGUAGCGUUUCCAGUUUCUUUGUGUUUAUAUUAAGUGACAUAUGAACGACAAUGAUGCAUGUAUGAACAAAAGGAAUAAUAGAUUUUUUAAAUGAAGAUCAACCAUGAUUAGUUUUACUUUCAAACAAUACGGUUUUUGUGUGUGUGUGUGUGUGUUUUGUCGGAAAACAUUAUCAGGUUUCUAUUUUCACACUAUUAUAUAUAAUUUUAUUCUAAAUUAUUUUAAUACAGGGAACGUAAAAUCACUGAGAUAUGAACAAGGUCGCAAUUCAUAACGUUUGUUUACUAAAUAGUGACGUCACUAAAUGGUGAACAAAUCUAGAAAGUUUUCAAUUUAAGCAAUAUUGAACGGAAACUUGUUUGUUUAAGAUAUAAGUUUACGUUAGUUACAAAUUCAUUAUAAAAUUAAUUGACUAACAUAUUCUUAAUUUAAAAUGUAAAUAUUAUAAAUUAACAGUUUGAAAGCUUUAUCGGACUAACUAAAAUAAAUGUGAUUUUAAAUAAUAACGUGUUAAAUGUAAAUAGAAAAAAAAACUAACAUACGGUGGACGGAAUGAUAAUUUUAAGGUAAUUUAGAUUACAAAAACAACAUUCUAAUGAUAUUAUAUUUUUUUUACAUUAAAUUCUAAAUUUUUAUACGAAAAUUGGUUGCACUACCUGGAGGACUAAUACACGAAACUCGUUUUGAUUUGACUUAGUUCGUUUACUACGAAUCUGUUUAGGAAUUUAAAGUUAAUUGUUAAUUUUGGCUCAGUUAUAUACAUAUAUAGAUUGUAAAUUUUUUGGCAUUGCACGAUUUGUUGAUCGAUAUAAGAAAUGUGUAGUUUUGUUUGUCCGUAUGCUCAGAUAGAUUUUCAUUGAGUUUUACUCGACCGAAGGGUCGAAUAGGUGAUUCUGCUAGUUUGCGGACAAUAUUAUUAAUGCGGGUCCAUUGUAGUAGCCGUUGUAACUAUACUUGAGACCUUAGAACUUAUCAAGGUGGAUGGCGAAUUUACGUUAUAGAUGUCUGAGGGCUCCAGUAACCACUUAACACCAGGUGGGCUAUGAGCUCGUCCACCCAUCUAAGCAAUAAAAAAAAAAGUAUUUCUAGUUUUUUAUUUCAGACGGAGAGGUUUUAUUAUAUGUUUCGGAAACAAUUAUAGUGCAAUUCGGUUUGCAAUUUCACCUGUAGUCAUUUUCAAAUUACCUUUACAAACUGCUUUAAAAGCUCUGCCGUGGUAAUCGCUUGGAAACGAAAAAUAAAAAAAAAAUGGUUUUCAGCAACCAAUUUUCGUAUGAAAUUUUAGAUCUUGAAUUGCGAAUUAAAUCGUUUGCGUGUCUGAAGAAUGAAAAAUUAUUUUUAUAUUUUUUGGUGUUUUCCUAUAUGUAGCGUUUGCUGACGAUUGAGAUGAAUAUUAAAUUUGAAGCGCUUACGGUAAUUUCACGUUCGAAAUACGCUAGUAAAAUAGUAGCUUGAUUUUAAUAAUAUGUAUAUAUUUAUUUAUGAACCGAAUGACAUUCGUGAUAAAGUCUCUUUUACGAUGUUCGAUUCGGAUGUUUUUUUGCAUUGGAUAGCGUUAACUGAAUAGUCUAAAAUGGAUUUUUAAUAUUAUACUUACGGUAGAGCGUGUUAAAUGAUUGUUUAGUUCAUUUUCUAUUUCGCGACGUCUUUGUUUAUUAUUAUUAGUCUGUUUAUUAGUCUCAUGUCGUAAUGUUGUUUACGUGUUCGUUUAUUUAGUCUUUUAUCGUAUAAUUAAUUCAUCUACUAUUUCAAGUCCCCUACCUCACUAUGUGGCUAGAUAGUAAGUUUGAUUCCUGUUUCUUGAGCCCGCGCUCCAUAAGGGUCGGUACGAUUGACUUCAUGAACGAUACUUUGUACAUUAAUAUCAUCAUAAUCGGUUGCUCUUGGCAGAGCAGUCGUGGUCAUGUGGAAUUCUUGCUUAUUAAAGCCUUGACUGAUGUUUUCCACAGUUUGCGAACCGAGGCCCGGCGCACACACUCGUUAAGUGGGGUUAAGUUAAGUUAGUACAUUAAUAUAACGACGGAAGAAAGCGAAAUUUUCGUAACUUGAAAAAUCCUAACUUCCAUAAAACUGUUUCAAAAAUUCCUAAUUCGUAUUUUAUUUAUAGCGAUCGAGAGUUGAGAAUUGGUAUGUAUUUAUAUAAUUUAAAGCCUAUCUAAGUUUUUUGCAUGUUACGAUAAUUCCGCUUUUUUCCGUCGAUAAUAACUAUUUAACACCCACACAAAGUACAAACAAAUCUAUUCAUUACACGAACGUUUGCCCGACGCGGGAAUCGAACUUAUAAGCUUUUGAUUUCAGUCUUUUGCACAAGCACCAUUCACAUGUCCUCAAGGAUGUAUCAAACUAUUGUUCAUGCAGUCUCGUCAAGCCUGCCGUUCCGUAUGUAGCCGGCUUUAGGCGUAUUUAUUUUUUAAACUUUAUAUCAGAUUGCCACCAAAGAUAAGGCUGUAGGAUAGAGAAUUCGAUACUGUUUCAUAUAUUCAUAUUAUGUCGUAUUGUGUACGAUCGAAACGAAUAUCUAAAUACGUGAAAGUGAAUGUUGUUUCUAAAUUUUAACGAAGUUCUGGUGACGUGACAAUAUAUUUUAUUGUGUUGUAUUAAAAUUUGAUGUUGAGCAUCUUUUUAGUAGUGUUAGGUUUAAUGUAUUAUGUAGCGUCGCACACGAUAAAGGCCUUAUUCAAAAUACGUUUGAUAUCAUAAUUCAGCUUGUAAAAUAAUGGCUGUUACGCAUUAAGUCUAUAUUAUUAUUAUUAUUAUAUUUUAAAUGAAACUGAACGUAUCUGUUGUGAUGUAAAAGUUCAAAAAAAUAAAAAUUAAAAAAAUAUGUUAGUCUUGUGAUAAUUAUAUAUAUAAGUGAAUAAAUGAUGAAGUAUU